AUGGGGAAGCGCAAGUCGUCGGCGACCAAGAAGUUGGCCGCGAAGAAGCCCAAGCACGCUGAGAAUCUGGAGAAAGUUUUCAGCUGCCCCUUCUGCGGCUUCGUCGACUGUGUCGAUUCCCACCUCGACAAAGAGGUCGGGAUCGCCACGCUGCGCUGCUUUCGCUGCGAUGCGUCUUACACCACCAGGAUGAAUCGUCUCACCGAACCCAUCGACGUCUUCUCCGAGUGGAUCGACGAGUGCCAGCUCGUUAAUCCCGACUCCACCACAAGCCGCCGUGGUGAUUCUCCUUUUCGUUCUUCCCGCCCAUCCAAGAUUCCAAAGCACCAAUUGACGGAGCUGCCUCAUCGACGUUCGUGCCAAGUAGUCUAG